AGGGAAAGAAUCCCUGAAACUGCAAAGUGCAAUAGGUCAGGGAUAGUGCAGUUUAAUUUAACAAAGAUCAGAUGCCUUGGGUUUGAGCAGCUUUGGGUUUGAGGUAGUGCGUGUCGUUUUUGUUUUGGUUUAAUUGCGACUAAACCACACCUUUCAGAGGAGAGACAGUCUUUCUGAGCAGGUUCAACUCGUUUGACCACAAUCAAGAGGGGAACUGGCACGUCAAAAGAACCUGAUUGAACCACCCUGCGUCAGAAGGGAUUAGAUCGAGCAGAGAGUGGAAGGGUUUCAGACCAGGAGCUCAGUUUUACCAGGAUCAGGAGAUGAACCGUUUGUUUCGCCUUGUGUUGCUGUGCGCUGUGUGUGGCGUCGGCAGUUCAGUUCCAACAGCAAUCUCUUAUGUCCCUGAAGUUGUGUCAAGUACUGUACUCGGGCGAAUUACACAAACAACUGUUGCGCUUGAGCAGCCACUCUGUGUGUUUAACAGUUCAGACACCGGCUGUGUGAACUGUGAUGUCUGGCUGCUCGUGGCUAAUUCGUCUGGAGUUGCAAGAUUUAAUAGUAUCAAAAAUGGGUUUGUGGAUCCUUCAAAUUUGAUGUACCAAGAUGCUUUCUCUGGAUCAAAUGGUUUUUACCUCACUGUUAAAACAAAAAGAAAUGUUUAUUCUUGUCCAUCAACUGUGAUGCCUGGCCGGAUCUUAACUUUGCGAGUUGGGGCAGAAGUACCCUGUACCACUCCAAAUUGCAAUGCACCUUUACCUACUGGUGGAACAUUCCGAAUGAAGUACGUUUUGAUUAAUCCUGAUAUCCGGACACCCAAUAUUGUUGCAGAAACUGAAUUUACAGACGAGAUCAUGCUGAAAAGUGCUACAGAUCCCAAUACUAUCGUCCCGUUCUCACGUCGCACUGGUGGAAUGGUUGUCAUAACGACCAUACUCUCCAUUCUGCUCUUCCUGCUGUUGGCAAUGUUUGUGGCCAUGCUCGCCAUGGUCUGUUGCAAAAAAUCCAUGUCAUCUGACUUCCCUGAACAUAUAACCAGGUUUGACUCCCUCCGACGGUACAACACUCAUAGCUUGCAGAAAAACCCAGGCGUCGUUUCUCCAAAGGGCAUGUGAAGCAGUCUCUAUGGUACAACCACAGACUGUCUGUCUGAAUGAACAGAAAUCUAGCAGCCUCGUUCCUCCUUGUCAAUCUCUCCAACUACCCAAUUUCACAAUUACAGUGGAACACUCAUGUAACUAUGAUGGUGUUUGGAAUGAUGAAGUGUCUUUACACUGAUGAUUCAAAUGUUGAGUGUGAAAUCCUUAAAGUUAAUGUUUUCUGUUUUUGUCAUAGUGCCAGUGUUCAUUCUGAAUAUCAGUGCAAUAUAAAAUAUUGUUAAAAUCAAAUGGAUUUUGUUGAAGAUUUUUGUCUUGCACUCAACAGAACAUAUGCAAGAAUAACAACAAAGUCAAGAGGGACAACAAUUUUAUACUGUCUGAGAAGACUGGUAGAAGCUUUAGCAUGGAGAGUUACCAGUUAGAUGAUGACUGACAGUUAACUGCCAAGUUUUAAAUUUAAAUCAUGCAUUGAUUCUGAUUGCCUUGGGAAUGAACCAAUUAUGUUUUAUGAUUGCAAGACAAAAAAACCUCAAUAAAAUAUCUUUUGGUAAUACUUUACUGAACAAAAACAGCUAUUUGCAAUAUGAAGUAUUAGAAAAUCUUUAUCUUUGCAGUGGAGGAGUAAUUGUUUGAGCCCUUCUUCCAAUCCCACUCCACGCCUAGCUGCUGUUUUGGCUCCCAGGGCACUGUUUGAAUUAUUACCCCAAAAGGAAUAUAAGGUUGUGACAGCAGAUUCUGGUUCCUGCCAUUGUUUCAAUUAGAAGCUAAAACAUUCGCAAAUUCAAAAGAUUAGAGUUUGAAACUUUUCUUUCUGUUCUUCCCAUAGCAUUUUGCACUUUUCAACCAAGUAAGGGGGGAAGGGGCAUUAAAGAAGCUGUCCAAAUUUUAUCCUUCCAGCAUAUCUAAGAUGCUGCUUUUCCUAGGAAUAAGCUGAAAAUAUGUUGCUGGAAAAGCGCAGCAGGUCAAGCAGCAUCGACGUUUCAGGCAUAAGCCCUUCU